AUGGACGCCUACCCCCGCCACCGCUUGCGCCUGCUCCCCCUCAGCAACAACGCGCACGCCUUCGAGUUCACCCCCGAAGAGCGCAACUUCGUACCAAACACCGAACCAAUCGCGAUAGGCUCGGGCGAGACCUUCAAGCACGUCUCGUUCGGCUGCAGCAAGCUCGCCCGCACACAUGCACGCGUCUGGUGUGACGACAUGGGCGACUUCUUCAUCAGCCCAGAGGCCGAUGGAGCCGAGAUGAAUGGCAAGACCCUCGCGGCGAGGCAGUCGUACGAACUCCGCGACGGUUCCGAUAUCUCGUUCGCUGUCAGAGAUGUGAAUGGCGAGAACCUUGCGCCGGUCAAGAUGCGCAUCGCCAUCGACCUUGGGUCUCCGAGCUCGGAGUCGGGAGCGAGCUCUGACGCGGAGAGCGAGAAGGCUGCGGUGAAGGCGGUGUAA